GCCUAGGCUCCAGAUUAGCUGUCACCGUCGAAGGCCCGGCACCAGGCUACCGGACCGGAAUCCGCGCCUUUUUUUAUGAAAACCCGAGAUCCGCCGUUCGCUCUGGCGACGAUAAGUCGCCAGAGAUUAUGCUGUGGCAUGGCCAGAACGUCACACUUGGAGAGGAAAAGACGCCGACUGGCCCCGGCCUUUGGCAGCAGUGUAACGCCCAAGUGAACUCCGGACCCAAAGCACUUGUGCGUUGAGAUCUCCCCCAGAGUAGCCAUGGAUGCCAAGAGAGACGUCGUGCUGGCCGAGAAAUACGAGGCGCCCGUCGCGCCGCCGGGAGAGCUCGCCGGCCACCAAAAGGGAUCCGGCGGCGUUGUCGCUGUCGCUGCCGUUGACGAGAGCGGGAAAUCCCCCGGGUCCCCCUCCGCCGCCGCCACGGUAGCCGAGCCGGAGCCGGAGCCGGUCGUGCCGCGCUUUACCGUCUUCACGCCGCGGCAAAAGCGCCUCAUCGUGCUCAGCGCCGCCUUCAGCGCGCUCUUUGCGUCGUGGACGGCGCAGGUGUACCUUCCGGCGCUCGCCAUCGCCGCCGCUGACCUGCGUGUCUCCAUCGCCAAGAUCAACUUCACCGUUACCUCCUACAUGAUCCUGCAGGGGGUCACGCCCGUCUUCGUCGGCGGGCUCGCCGACGUCGCCGGCCGCCGCCCCGCCUACCUCGCCUGCUUCCUCCUCUACAUCGUCGCUAACGCCGCCCUCGCCAAGUCCGACAGCUACGGCAGCCUCCUCGGCCUCCGCUGCUUCCAGUCCGCCACCAUCUCCGCCACCCAAGCCCUCUGCCAAGGCGUCGUCGCCGAUAUCGCCACCGCCGCCGAGCGCGGCCAGUACACCGCCCUCGUCGCUAUGCCCGUUACCCUCGGCCCCAGCCUCGGCCCCGUCAUCGGCGGCGCCAUCGCCCAGUACCUCGGCUGGCGCGCCAUCUUCCUCUUUCUCGCCGCCUGCGCCGCCGCUAACAUCGUCAUCCUCGUCGGCUUCUUCCCCGAGACCUGCCGUAACGUCGUCGGCGACGGCUCCGCCCUGCCGCCCCGGAGCAACCGCACGGUAUGGCAACUGCUCCGCUACCACCGUCGCCGUAAUGCCGCCGACGACGCCGAGAGCGGCAGCGGCACCGCGCCGCCGUCUCCGAACCCGGACCGGCCCGGCGCGCCGCCCCCACCCAAGGCGCCCAGGCGCAUUACCUUCGCGUGGUCGAAGCUGCUAACCUCGCUCGUGCUCCUGGUCGAGAAGGAGCUCGGCCUGCUGUUCCUGUACGGCGGCUUCGUGUUCGCGGGGGUGUACGCGGUGGCGACGGCGGUGCCGAGCCUGUUCGCGGCGCAGUACGGCUUCGACGGGCUGCAGACGGGGCUUAUCUACCUGCCGAUGGCGGCGGGGUCGCUCGCGUCGGUGGCGCUGGUCGGCCGGGCCAUGAACUGGAACUUCGCGCGGCACGCGCGGCGGCUCGGCCUGCGCGUCGACCGCGCGCGCGAGGCCGACCUCGCCGACUUCCCCAUCGAGCGCGCCCGCGUCGAGGUCGCCGCACCCGCGCUCCUCCUCAGCGCCAUCGUCAUCACCGCCUGGGGCUGGGCCGUCGAGGGCCACGCCCACGUUGCCGUCGUCUGCGUCCUCGUCUUCCUCCUCGGCCUCGGCCUCGUUAGCGCUGUCAGUGUCUUCAAUGCCCUCAUCGCCGACGUCCGCCCCGGAAAGACCGGCGCCGCCAGCGCCGCCAACAACAUCAUCAAGUUCCUUCUAGCCUCCGCCAUGGCCGCCGCCAUCGAGCCUCUCAUCUUGGCCGUCGGGCCGGGCAAGGCAUACUCCAUCAUCGCGGUGCUGUACCUCAUCUUUUCGCCAUGUCUUUACCUUCUCGUAGUGAAGGGAGUGCAGUGGCGCAAGGAGCUGCGGCAAAGAGAGGGCGGGAACGCGGAUUAGAAUUCAGGGGUUAGGUUGAGUAUAGAGUAGAUGAUUCGUGGGAAAUUUGUACUUAGACAUGCUAGGAGGUCAUUAAUUCCGG